AUGGAUUCCUAUUACGGCGAAGAAAACGCCGAAGACUUGGACAAGGAAUGGGAGGAUUUCACCAAGCUGUUGGAAAAGAAAAAGAAGAACAGCUCCCAAGGGUUUUACCCUUGCCCGCCAUCGGAAGAUGUCGACGAAUACGUCCAAUCAUUCAUGUAUGGCCGGUACAACAGACAAUUAGGAGAAUUGGCUAGACUGGAAGCACUCAAGGCGGCUGAGAAGAAACGAUUAAAGGCCGAGAAAGCUCGGAAAAGCGAGUUCAGAGGUUUUCAAGGAAAGUUCGUCAAAGUUGUUUCAUUCUUAUGGAAACACACGUUUGCGAGGCUCGGAGAAGACUGGGUAUUUCUAGCCCUCCUCGGAAUCAUCAUGGCCAUACUAAGUUUCUUAAUGGACAGAGGAAUAUCCAUUUGCGAUAACGCAAGAUUGUGGUUAUUUAGGGACCUAACAAACCACCCGGCCGCUCAAUACGCCGCCUGGAUAUCCCUUCCGGUUUGCCUAAUACUAUUCAGCACCGGUUUCGUCCAAUUAGUAGCUCCCCAAUCCAUCGGUUCGGGCAUUCCCGAAAUGAAGACGGUCCUGCGCGGCGUCACCCUCAAAGAGUACCUCACCUUCCGCACGCUCGUCGCCAAAGUGGUCGGCCUGACCGGUACCCUGGGCAGCGGCAUGCCGCUGGGCAAAGAGGGCCCCUUCGUGCACAUAGCCAGCAUCACGGCGACGCUGCUCAGCAAGCUGGUCACCGGCUUCCAGGGCAUCUACGAGAACGAGAACCGCAACACCGAGAUGCUGGCGGCGGCCUGCGCCGUCGGCGUGGCCAGCUGCUUCGCCGCCCCGGUCGGAGGCGUGCUCUUCAGCAUCGAGGUCACCACCACGUACUUCGCCGUGAGGAACUACUGGCGGGGGUUUUUCGCAGCGGUUUGCGGCGCCACCACGUUCCGGCUGUUGGCCGUGUGGUUCCAGAGGGCCGAUACCGUCAGCGCCGUGUUCAAAACGAAUUUUUUCAUGGAUUUCCCGUUCGAUCCGCAGGAGUUGUUCGUGUUCGCCUUGAUAGGAGCUAUAUGCGGUUUAGGAGGAGCGCUGUACGUCUGGAUCCACAGGCAAUACGUUAUGUUCAUGAAAGGUAGUAGGAUUCUCACUAGCGUCAUGAAGCAGAGUCGAUUUUUGUACCCGGCUUUGGUUUCGCUGAUGGUGUCGACAGUAACGUUCCCUUUGGGUACCGGUAGGUUCAUAGCAGGUGACCUAAACACCCACGGACAGGUGGCGACGCUUUUCAGCAACUUCACGUGGACGAAUACCAACGUAACGGUGACGCAAAAGGAAAUCAUAGGCCAUUGGAUGACCGAUUGGACAGGGGUGUACGUCAGUUUAGCUUGUUACACAGCAUUCACGUUCUUUUUCUCGAUAAUUUGCUCGACCGUUCCGGUGCCCAGCGGGAGUUUCAUACCGGUGUUCAAAAUUGGCGCCGCGUUCGGUAGGAUCGUCGGCGAACUCAUGCAUAUGUGGUUCCCUACAGGCAUGAGGUACGGCGGUAAAAUCGCAGAAAUAGUCCCAGGAGGGUACGCCACGGUCGGAGCGGCUGCUUUCAGCGGCGCCGUAACGCACACCAUUUCAGUAUCGGUAAUAGUUUUCGAAAUGACCGGGCAAAUUACUCACAUUAUACCGAUUAUGAUAGCCGUACUGAUAUCCAAUGCUAUCGCCAGCCUUCUGUAUCCCAGUAUUUACGACAGUAUUAUAUUAAUUAAGAAGUUGCCUUAUUUACCUGAUUUAUUACCCAGCAGUAGCGGAAUGUACAACGUACACGUAGAAAACUUCAUGGUAAGAGACAUACAAUACAUUUACUACGGUAUGACAUACCAGGAGCUUAAAGUUUUAUUGAAAGACCAUCGACAAAGGAAAACUUUUCCGUUAGUAGAAAACCCGAAAAGCAUGGUUUUAUUAGGUUCGAUCCAACGCAUGCCUCUCAUACAACUAAUCGAAAAACAAAUCGGAAAAGAACGAAGAUUACAAGAAGCGGCAAUCAGGCAGCGAGAAGCCGAAGAAAAAGCUCGCGAAGCCCAACAAAUCGCCGACGAACGGAACGGCCGAAGGAGAGGCUCCAGAUUCCAAGUGGUACCGGCGCCGGACGUCCUCCAACGGCAAACCUCCGAGAACCAACUCGACCAGCCCACCUACAACCCGGUGUUCGGCUCACAGCCCAAGAAGUCCAUCCUCAAGAAAACCAAUUCGUUCACGCUCAAAGGCUUCACGCCGUUCCUCACCACCAGCCCCGGCAGCACCCCCUACACGACCGUAACGGGCGCCGAGAGCCGGAUCCGAUCGGCCUUCGAGGCCAUCUUCAGGAAAUCCGCGCAAUUGCAGGACGUGGACAACAACCCGGACGGUAUUAGCGCCACGCCGCCCAGCCCCAGUACGAUGAAAAAAGUCCAAUUGCCCAUCGAAAGGGUGUGCGACAUGAGCCCCGAGGAUCAGAUCAAAUGGGAGGAGGAACAGAUGCGGCAGGCCGUGGAUUUCUCCGCGUGCCAGAUCGACCCGGCUCCCUUUCAGCUCGUAGAGAGGACGUCUUUGUUGAAAGUCCACUCGUUGUUUUCUUUAGUAGGCGUUAAUCACGCCUACGUCACGGCGAUCGGGAAAUUGGUGGGCGUCGUGGGUUUGAAGGAGUUGAGAAAGGCGAUCGAAGAUGCGAAUAGCGGAAAUCCGAGGUCUAACGCCGAUAAUAAUUCCGUUAAUUUAAGCAACGGCAGGCUCAACGCCAUAAAGGAUUCGAUGGAGAAUAUCAAUGAAGCUAUCAAGGAUUCUCAGGUGUAA